UGUUGAAUUAAAAGAAACAAAGAAGAAGAACACAACAAACGGCUAUAAUUUAGCGUGUUUUUAUAUAGUCAAAUUCAAUCCACAAAGAAAAAAAUUGGAAAAUAACUUCCCUUCUCAUUGCUGUAAAUUUGAGUGGGAGGGGGUUUCUUUUUUCUUCAAACAAUCUCUCUUUUCAUAAUUUGUUUAUCUUCUGAAUUUUACAGCAGGUAACAAAAAUUCUUGAAAAGGAGAGGAAAAUAAUUAAAAAUUGGAAGAAGCCAAAGUUUCAUUGGCCAUUUUUAGAGGAGGGUUUUGAAUAAAAUAUCUUGGUAGUGCUCAUGGUGUCUGAUAUUUAUUACCCUUCAAAGAAAAGCGACGAUUUUUGUGAAGACGUUUGUGGCGAGCAGUCUACCCCUGGAAUAGUAAGCAUGUCAAGACUACGGUGUAUGCUUCGAGGAUUGGAUUUAAAGGCUAUUGUUUUUUUGGUUGUUUUUGUGCCAUUAUGUAUAGUUGGUAUAUACUUUCAUGGACAGAAGAUUACCUACUUCCUCCGCCCAAUAUGGCAAUCUCCUCCGAAGCCCUUUAUUGAACUUACCCAUUAUUAUCAUGAGAAUGUCUCAAUGGAGAAUCUUUGCAAGCAACAUGGAUGGGGAAUUCGUGAAUAUCCUAGGCGUGUCUAUGAUGCUGUUUUGUUUAGUAAUGAAGUGGACAUGCUUACUAUCAGAUGGAAGGAAUUGUAUCCUUACAUCACACAGUUUGUUCUUCUCGAGUCAAACUCCACGUUUACUGGAUUACCAAAGCCAUUUACUUUUGCUAUUAACCGGGACCAGUUUAAGUUUGUUGAGCCUCGAUUGACUUAUGGAACCAUUGGAGGAAGAUUCAGGAAAGGUGAAAAUCCGUUUGUUGAAGAGGCAUAUCAGAGAGUAGCACUCGACCAGCUAUUGAGAAUAGCUGGAAUAGAGGAUGAUGAUUUGCUGAUAAUGUCCGAUGUUGAUGAAAUUCCUAGCAGGCACACCAUCAAUCUUUUAAGAUGGUGUGAUGACAUUCCUCCAAUUCUUCACCUUCAUUUUAGGAAUUACUUGUACUCUUUUGAAUUUGAGCUUAAGCACAGAAGUUGGAGAGCUUCAGUCCACAGGUAUCAGAGUGGCAAGACUCGAUACGUACACUAUCGUCAGACUGAUUACCUUUUGGCAGAUUCAGGUUGGCAUUGUAGCUUUUGUUUCCGCCACAUCUCUGACUUCAUAUUCAAAAUGAAAGCUUACAGCCACACUGAUAGAGUGAGGUUCUUGCAUUAUUUGAACCCAGGAAGAAUACAAGAUAUCAUUUGUGAAGGAUCUGAUUUAUAUGACAUGCUUCCUGAGGAGUACACAUUCAAGGAUAUUAUUGGUAACAUGGGACCUCUACCUCAUUCUUACUCAGCCGUGCAUCUUCCUGCGCAUUUGCUGGAUAAUCCCGAGAAGUAUAAGUAUCUCUUGCCUGGGAACUGCAAAAGAGAAAGUGGCUAAGUUGUUACCACAAAGUUGGAUGCAUUUUCGUAACAUAGGAGGUGUUCAUGUGCCGAUUUUAUGUUGCACCAUGAGGGACUCUUAUCAGGUAAUUGAUGAUGGUCAUGUGGCAGUGCUCUAUACAGUUAAACCUUAUAUGCAACAAAGUGUAGGUAAACAAGUAUUCAGGGAAGCGGCCGGGUGUAUAUUGUCUUUUUUGGUUCAUUUGAGGUGUCAGUACAUUCAUUUGUCAAGUAAAAAAUUAAUUUAGCGGUGAUGUAAACUCUUGGGUAAACUUGAUUGUUUCCUGUCUGUAUUACAUAACCCUGAGAUAGAACUCUUUGAAUGACAAUGCUCGGGCUUUUUGAUUGUAGAAUUGGUUUUCGUAUUCUUUUGCUCCUGUUCGAGACAUUUGUUCCAAUUUAUAAA